AUGACGGCCAUCAUCGAGGACAAGAUGAAACUGCGGCAAUUGGCGCAAGAAGCGUAUAGCGUCCACUUCAAGGCUGGGGACGAGCCAAUGGCUCGGACCAUCGCCGAAGUAUACAAGCUCAGUCUUGUGGACCACAGAAUGCUCGAGCUCCUGAUCACACUAACGAGCGGCAACUUCACGCGAGAACAGCUACUCGAGUAUCGCGCCUAUCUCAUGAUGAUUGCUGGCACGACUCUGGUCCGCGUGGUCCGCGUGGCAAACACAGACCAACAAUCGCGCUUGCUCGCUCUGCCUGCCGAGAUGCGGAACAAAAUCUACCGUUUCGCAUUAGUGGAGGAAGACGCCGUGCGUAUCAGUCCAGAUGUCAUCCGCAGUCACAGCGCUCUCUUGCAGGUCUGCCGACAGAUGAGGCAAGAAGCCAGCGGGAUCUUCUACGCUGAGAUCAACUUCGAGGCUACCGUCGCUGGAUACCAAGCUGCGACUCUUCAAACAGCUAGAUGGCUGCAGUCGAUCGGCACUCGGAACGCAUCUACCAUCUGUCACAUCACCGUCAAAUGCCUCCUGCCACGGAAUCUACUUGCAUCGCACGCAGAAGCUAAGGCACUGUGGGAUGCAGGCGACGACAUCGCAGCAAUGCCGCUCGGUUACAUAAUGACACAGCAAGACGCACACGCAGCCGUCUUUGUGGGCAGUCUAAGUGGCACGGGCCUGGACCUCAAUAAUGUGUCAGCAGCGGAUAGUAUCGACUGGUGUCCCCCGAAGGACUAUCUCAGAAGUUUCAGCGAAAUUAUCAGCGAGGUAAUCUCGGACCACUUCCGCAACGUGCUCGUCAACAGCUGGAAGGUCGCCAUCCGCAAGCGCUGCCAGAGCAAUCUACGCAAGGAGAUUCAGGAGGUCAAUUUUGAUGAGGCUGAUGAUGCGGUUUAG